AUGGGUAAGAUUAUCUUCUACGAGGACAGGAACUUUCAGGGUCGCUCCUAUGAGUGCAGCAGCGAAUGCUCUGACCUGCAUUCCCACUUCAGCCGCUGCAACUCCAUCAGAGUGGACAGCGGUGACUGGAUGGUCUAUGAGAGACCCAACUACAUGGGCUACCAGUACUUCCUGAGGAAGGGGGACUAUCCAGACUACCAGCGCUGGAUGGGAUUCAAUGACUGUGUGCGAUCCUGCCGCAUGAUCCCUAUGGUAAGCCUCAGCUCUCACAAAAUGAUGAUCUAUGAGCGCCCGGAGUUCGGAGGCCAGAUGAUGGAGCUGACCGAUGACUGCCCCUCCCUGUACGAACGCUUCCAUUUCAACGACAUCUACUCAUGUAACGUGAUGGACGGCUACUGGAUCUUCUACGAACAUCCCCACUACAGGGGACGCCAGUACCUGAUGCGCCCAGGUGAAUACAGGAGGUUUAAUGAGUGGGGAAGCAUGAGUCCCAGGGUGGGAUCCAUCAGACGUAUCACUAUCUGA